UCAAAGAAGAGGAAGACUUCAAGCCCUGGCCAAUUUCCUUUGGCCAAUUCCCAGUAAGCGUGAGGAAGAGAAAGACGGCAAAGACAUUCGACGGCGUUCCACCUUGCGUUCCAUAGUGUCAGCGCUAUUAAGUUUCAUCGCGAUGAAUGCAACCAGUCGCCGAGCAGAGGAGGGCAACCGGCGUCGUGCAACAUGUCAGCACCACAAGGCCAUCAAUGCGUUCGUCAUUCUGGGUUCUCUCGCUGUUUUGCUCGCUGUCUACUUCGCGUUGAGUGACCGCACCAGCUACGAGACACCAGAGGAAUCUUCUAACGCGCCAACUGAGCGCGACGGCGACCCUAAGGGGAGACGCCACUACUUAGUAAGCCCGGACGCCAAUCAUACAAUACGAUUUCCUCCGUACCACCGCGUCCAUUCGAAGACAACUACUUCACUCCUCACCACCAAAGCACUUGGCACAGAAAGGAAUUCAUCACAGUCUACGACUGCACCAAGAACUUCGAAUGAAACAUCCAUCACGAGUUGGAAUGUAACUGACUCCGAAGUGCUCAACGCAACGAAUUCCGGUGCGACAACAAUACUUACGCCAACGAAUAACUCAUUUAAAACGCUGCCACACACUGUGAGCAAUUCAGCAACAACGACCAGCGCUUCCCCCACUAACCCGGCCUCGGCCACGACUGUAUCGACACACACAACAACGUCUCCUCAAAAUAGCACGCAUGAAACCGACCACAAUUUCACUUCAACGAUACCCCCACUGCGAAAGGGGUCUUCCACAUCGGUCGCCGUUCCAACAACGGAAUACGACCUUACGACAAACGUAUCAAGCAACCCAACAAAUUCAACUGUUCCAGAAAUGUCUCACGUACCCACAUCCACGUCUACAGCGUCCGCCGAGGGACUCUUCAAUCUCAAUACGAGUACAAGGUACAAUACAACGCAAUCAGAAACAACAGCAACCGCAGGUGAAGAAGCGGUCACCUUCCCUUCUGUGCACACGCCUUCGUACAACGUCGUCUGCAUCUUCAACCACACCAGCUACAAACGCAAAGCGCCGAUGGCCUUCCUUGCUGCUCAUAUCCCUGCACCGUAUUGCAGCCACCUGGUGUAUUCAUCCGCAAUGAUAGCACCAGAUUCCACAAUCAAGGCACGCGACGCAAAGCACGACGAGCACGAAGACGGUUUCUUAAGCGCCCUGAUGUUGAAGAACACGUAUCCGCAUUUGCGCGUUCUCAUACACAUCGGCAGCACGUCCAACGAUUCGGAGGUGCUCGGACGCAUCUGCAGCACGACAGACGGCAGAAGGACGUUUGCGGAUAACGUGAGGACGUGGCUUGUGCGUCGCGAAUAUGACGGGAUUGUCCUGGACUGGCGUCAUUACGAAUCGACCACCCACUUCAAGGCCCGUUCGGGUUCUGUUGCAGAAGCGUUGCGGCUUGCCUUGAGUACGAAGUACACUUUUUGGAUCACGAUACCUCACGAUAACGAACUCCGCCAACAGUACUUCGAUCUAUCGCGUCUUUCAGAUUCAGUCGACGGAUUCCUCGUAAUCGGCGACAGCAAAAGUUACGAUGCCGAGAGGACUUCAUCUCUAGAUCUCGUGAAUGACGUGCUUCAAAUGCGGCACAGCGGGACUGCUGGGAUGUCGAACGCGAUCUACAAGAAGGUUUGCUUCCCGUUGCCCAUAGGAGGCAGGUCGUACACGUUAGCGAACGCGACACAACAGGGCGUCAAUUCCGAAGUGUCUGGUCCGGGCCUACCUGGACCCUACACAGAGACGCCAGGACUGCUGGCGUACUACGAGAUCUGUAGCCGCAACUGGACCACUGAAGUGCACGAAACGUUCGAGUCGUACACUGCAGAGGGCAAUCAGUGGGUAGGCUUCCUCGAUGUUGCAAACAUUGAAAAGAUUUUGUGGAUGGUCAUAUGGAAGCACCGAUCGUCUUGUAUUAGCAUAUGGGACGUUUCCUUGGACGAUUUUCGUGGAGUAUGCGGAGAAAGGUACCCCUUGAGCAAGGCAGUGGCAGGUUGGAAAGUUAGAAACCAAGAUAAUAGGAGACACCAACACAAAUAAAAUUAACCGCAUCUCACAUU